GGGAGUGAGGAAGAGGGGAGCGCGACGUCGGUGAACCCAGCUCCAUCAUCAACAUGCCUGGGGAGUCCACUCUGAGGCGGGACUUCCUGCGUCUGCAGCUGGCCACCAAUGACGCGCUGCGCAGACAGCAGCAGGAGCAGCAGCAGAACGAAGAGCACAAGCGCCAACUACUGGCCGAGAGGCAGAAACGCAUCGAGGAGCAGAAAGAACAGAGGCGGCGGCUGGAGGAUCAACAGCGCAGAGAGCGCGACCUGAGGAAACAGCAGGAGAGGGAGCAGAGGAGACGCUACGAGGAGAUGGAGCAGCUGCGGAGAGACGAGGAGAGGAGGCACGCGGAGAGAGAGCAGGAGUAUAUCCGUAGACAGCUGGAGGAGGAGCAGAGGCAGUUAGAGAUCCUCCAGCAGCAGCUUCUCCAGGAGCAGGCUCUACUGCUGGAGUAUAAGCGUAAGCAGAUAGAGGAGCAGAGGCAGGCAGAGAGACUGCAGAGGCAGCUUCAGCAGGAGAGAGCCUACCUGGUCUCUCUCCAACAACAGCAGCAGCAGGAAGGGAGACCAGCCGACAAGAAGCAGUUGUAUCACUAUAAAGACUCGGUCAACCCCACCGAUAAGCCGGCCUGGGCCAAAGAGGUGCUGAAACAGCGUCCAAAGAGUAACCCUCCCAUACAACAUCAAUCCUUCAACCAACCGGCCGCUCCGGCUGCCUACCAGCCCCAUCCCAGGGCCCGAAUCCCCAGACCAGGCCCCUCCCAAUCCCCCUACCCCCCACAGCCGCCCCCCCACAUCCGUGUUUCCCUGGAGACGAGGGAUCCCCUGGAUCCCGGGCUGAAGCGGGAGAUCAGUCUGCAGGUGCGGGAGAUGAGAGCACAGAGGGGCCGCAGACAGGGGCCCAAGGAGCCCAAGGAGCCCAAUGAGCCCAAAGGCCCCAAGGAGCCCAAGAACCCCAAGUCGGAAUGCAGACAACAAGCAGGCCCCAGGCAGUGGCUCUACCCGGCCACAGAGCAGGACGCUAGCCAGGGGCCAGAUAAGCCCCAGGGGCCUCCACCUGGCCCCGGCUCUGUCUCAGCAGCCAAACUGGUGGAGGAGAGGUCUAAACUGAACCGGCAAAGCUCUCCAGCGUUGCAACACAAGAUGUCCAACCGUGCGCCCGACCCCUCCCUGCCCCCCCGCUCUGAGUCCUUCAGCAGUGGGGGCAUGCAGCCCCCCUUCACCCCCCCCAUGAUCCGCUCCGUCGAACCCCAGAUGGCUCACCUGGUCCCCGUCAGGACUCACAGCUCAAUGUCCGGCUCCCAGUCGCUGCAGGACCAGACAGGUUCCGCCCUGGGGGAGGUGACGGCCAUGGGCUCUCCCCGGCCAGAGAUGCCCCCCAGGCAGAACUCCGACCCCACAUCCGACACCCCCACCCCCCCGCCUCGGGUGGCCAGUCGGGACGAGAGGGACCGGACGGCCUGGUUGAGAGACGAGGCCAUGCCCCCCAAGGUCAGGGUUCCCCAGAGGACCACUUCCAUCUCCCCAGCCCUGGUCAGGAAGAACUCGCCCAACGGAGGCCUAGGACUCGGCCUUCGCACUGGAGGCCAGCUCAUACGGGCCAGCAACCCAGACCUGCGUCGCUCAGAGCUGUCACUGGAUGCCGCUCUGCAGAGGACAUCGUCCAACUCUUCCUCUUCCUCCUCCCCCUCGUCUCAGGGUGGCUCUGCCGAGCGGAAAGGUCAAGCCCAGCAGGAAGUAUCCCCUACUGGAGCCAAUCAGGAAGCUAAGCCUAAACAGGAGGAAGGAAGAGAGUCAGCCAGACCCAGCAGACCAGCUAGUUAUAAGAAAGCCAUAGACGAGGACCUCAGUGCGCUGGCUAAGGAACUGAGGGAGUUGAGGGUGGAGGAGGGAAACAGACCUCCUGCAAAGGUGACGGACUAUUCGUCCUCCAGCAACGAAUCAGAGAGCAGCGAUGAAGAUGGGGAAACCGUGGGGCAUGAUGGGACUGUGGCUGUCAGCGACAUCCCACGCAUCAUGCCAGCGGUGCAGGGCAGCAGUGAGACCUACAGGGGACUAGCAGAGGACUCUCUGGGAGACACCUACAACAACUCUAAAGACAGCACUCUGAUGAUGAGAGAGGCGGAGGAGAGGAGGAGAGGGGGUCACAGCGAGAGCAAUGGGUUUGGCAACCAUGGUAACCAUGGCAACCUACCUGACCUGGUGCAACAGAGCCACUCCCCAUCUGCCACGCCCACAUCCGCCCUUCAGGAACUCAGUGACUUGGCAGAGUUUGGGUUGGGCGGGUCUAAAGCCUCCUUCACACCAUUCGUUGACCCUCGUGUCUAUCAAACUUCCCCCAACGAUGAGGAUGAUGAAGAUAACUCUGCAGCUGACAUGUUUGCAAAUGAGCUCCUGAGGCAGGAGCAGGCCAGACUCAACGAGGCCAGAAAAAUCUCGGUGGUGAAUGUGAACCCCACCAACAUCAGACCUCACAGCGACACGCCGGAGAUCCGCAAGUACAAGAAGAGGUUCAACUCUGAGAUCCUGUGUGCUGCUCUCUGGGGUGUUAACCUCCUGGUGGGGACAGAGAACGGGCUGAUGUUGCUGGACCGUAGUGGUCAGGGGAAGGUGUACAACCUCAUCACCCGUCGGCGCUUCCAGCAGAUGGAGGUCCUGGAAGGUCUCAACGUCCUGGUGACCAUCUCUGGUAAGAAGAACAAGCUACGUGUUUACUACCUGUCCUGGCUGAGGAACAGGAUAUUACACAAUGACCCGGAAGUAGAGAAGAAGCAGGGCUGGAUCACUGUGGGGGAGCUGGAGGGCUGCGUGCACUACAAAGUUGUGAAAUAUGAGAGGAUCAAGUUUUUGGUGAUUGCACUGAAGAACUCGGUGGAAAUCUAUGCCUGGGCACCCAAACCAUACCACAAGUUUAUGGCCUUCAAGUCGUUCACUGAUCUGCAGCACCGCCCCCAGCUGGUUGACCUGACCGUGGAGGAGGGGCAGAGGUUAAAGGUCAUCUAUGGCUCCAGCGUUGGCUUCCAUGUCAUCGACGUGGACUCUGGGAACCCCUACGACAUAUACAUCCCCUCCCACAUCCAGAGUCAGGUGACCCCCCAUGCCAUCGUGGUUCUGCCCAAGACGGACGGCAUGGAGAUGUUGCUAUGCUACGAGGACGAGGGUGUGUACGUCAACACGUACGGGCGCAUCACCAAGGACGUGGUGUUGCAGUGGGGCGAGAUGCCCACCUCUGUCGCCUACAUCCACUCCAACCAGAUCAUGGGCUGGGGGGAGAAGGCUAUCGAGAUCCGCUCUGUGGAGACAGGUCACCUGGACGGGGUCUUCAUGCACAAGAGGGCCCAGAGGUUGAAAUUCCUGUGUGAGAGGAACGACAAGGUGUUCUUUGCAUCAGUGCGUUCGGGAGGAAGCAGCCAGGUGUUUUUCAUGACCCUCAACAGGAACUCCAUGAUGAACUGGUGAAGCUCCUCCUACUCCCUCCCCAUUGGUCAGCCCAGCGUUCCAUCUGAGACUGAGGCACCAAUAAAAACAGCCAGUGGCUGGUAUGACGACUACUGCAGUGGCUGUUGAAACACUGUAGAAGAUGGUCAACACAGAUAUACUACCAGGCAGAUGAAAGUUGCUGUGGAGCUGAUGGAGACCAGGAGGACCGCAGGGAUGGCACCUCCUGAGAACACUGCAACUGUUGAACCUCUUUCGAAAUGAACCACACUACUCCCCUGAUCUCCCUUUCCCCUUUCCUCUCUCUCUCUCUUACGCACUCUCUCUCUCUCUCUCUCUUACUCACUCUCUCGCUCUUACACACUCUCUAUCUCUCUCUAUCUUACUCUCUCUCUCAGCCCUCCUCGGUUUCCAGGAUUGGGUGACCCAUUUGAAUCUUCUGUGACCUGUUUCACCAUCCCUCUGUCCCACUAGGCAAAAGUAAUGCCUGUGUCCCUUUAAAGUCAGGUCACCUCUACCAUCCUGCCCUCCCAGGUCAUCUUUCUCUCCUCUCCUCCUCAAGUCUUUAAAUUCUGAAGGUGCUGCAUCAGAUAUACUGUAAUAUUAAAUGAACCUAACAGUUUUUCUGUUUUUGGAGAUGUUUUCUUUCUAAGUACUAGGAUGUUGAGUUGGGUUGACGUCUGAAGCUUGAUGAUGACAUGUACAGCACAUUCACGUAUCUGAAUCGGAAGUAUUUGUUGGUCUGUCUGUCUGCCCAAUUACCUGCCUGUCUGUAUGUCUGUUUGACUUCAUGCUGAAAUACCAGAGAAAAAAAAUGUGUUCCAUACACAAGAGAAUCAAAUAACCAUCAGCUGAAAAAGAAGUAUGUUUGUCUGUAAAGAAUCAUAGUGAGAAGUUCUGGCACCCAAUUUGAGUCAAUGUCAUUCUAUUCUGAUUCAAAUUAUUUUCUGAUUGAGUCGUAACUGUUUGUACAGUGCCUAGCAUGAUGUAAGAUAAAAGAAAAUGCCGGCCAAUUUAUUAUCAUUGCCUAUUUUGAAUUGAUAUUUUCUUUGGAUUAUGAUUUGAUUUUAACACUUGAAUUACAUUAAGUUAACAUUCACUUUAAGAUGACCUUGUUGAAAAAAAUAUAUAUAUAUGAACAUGCAGAUUAUUCACAAUCACAAUCAGAGACCUACUCACAGAAUGCAGUGCAAAACUCAAUGCUGGGAAACGGUGUAUUUUGCCGGUGUAGGAUGUACUAUGUAGUGGAGUUGAAGGUAGGGGUCUUGAAGGUACAGAUUAGAGGUCACUGUGUUUGACUGACACUCAAAAAUUAUAUAUACAUAUACUGUCUCUCCUCUAAACCACUAUCACUGUCUGGAUAUAGAUUUUUGUUUAUAUUGUCUUAUUUACUAAACAAGUUAUUUUUUACAACCAUGUCUAUACAAUCAUGUCACAAUUUGUUAACCAGAAGUUGGAAAUGAUUGUUAUUACUUGAAUGCUUUUGUCCACUUUCAUGAUAUUUUGAAAUGUAAUUAGCAGUCUUAUUUUGUUUUAGGGGGACAGGAGUCUGUCAGGGUUAAAGCAAUAAAGAGCUGUGCUGAUUAAACUACUGUCUUCCUAGAGAGUGAGUGAGUGAGUGAGUGAGUGAGUGAGUGGGUGGGUGGGUGGGUGGGUGAGUGAGUGAGAGAGAGAGAGAGAAGGGGGGGAGAGAGAGAGAGAGGAGAGAGAUUUGACUUGUUUUCUUCUGAAGAGAGUUGGUCCUUGCUUUGAGGACUUUUCUCUAGGAAAGUAACAGUAACACUGUUUUUGAAUUAUAUUGUUUAGAAUGAGAAAGUCAUUACUUAUGUUUAGUUUGGGGUUUAUUUGUUUUGUAAAAGAGAUACUGUAAGAGAGUAAUAAAAUAAACUAGAACAU